UUGAAUUAUUGUAGCCUAAUCAAUUGUCUUAUUGGAUUAUCCAGCGCGGCUGUUCCCCCAGAUAUUGUUGCGUCGACAAUAAAAAUAGCUGCAAGUGCCUGCGUGCGUAUGUGUGCGCGCGUGUGUGUGCGUGUGUGUGUGUGUGUGUAAUGAGGAUAUGUGUGUAAGGGGUGCUGCUUCUUGUGCUGAAGACAAAAACAGAUUUAAAGUGUGGGGUUUUGUGCAUUUACACCAAAAACCACAUGAGGUGUGUGUCCUUGUGGUUUGGACAGUCCAGCCCUGAUUUAAAAAAUGACUUUUAUUUGUUACUUUUAUAGAUGAGUUUGCGUUAUUUUUUUUUCACCCGGGGUGCUGUUCAUUUUUCUUUCUGACGGUGUGUGUUUGCCCGUGAUCUUUAGUGCUACAAAUUUCUGCCGAAGUGCAUUUCAUUUUUUUCCCCCCCCAUUCCUUUUUUUUUUCUUUUUGUAUCCCACGUCUCUCCGCCUCUCUCGCUCAGUCAAAUUCUCUCUCUCUCUCUCUCCCUCUCUCUCCCACUCUCUCUCUCCCACUCUCUCUCAUUCUGCCCGUGUCUGUCAGUCCUAUCGUAGAGACAGUGGUGUGGAUUGUCGAGCCGGCUCGUUGCAAUAUAUCUGGACUAAAUUUGCUCAUCCUGAAUAUAGAUUUACGUCUGAUCAGAAUAACGGGACAUCACGCAGGCCGUCAGCGGGACACCUGGGACCGGACGGGAACUUUUCUACGAGGGUUCUCCCUCUGUUGUGCAUGUUGGGGUUUGCAAGCGUGUGUGCACUCCUUCAUGAUCCAAGACCAAUCAUUUGACUGGGAUCUGUAAGUGUGUGUAUGUGUAUGCGAGUGAAGACUGGCUAGAAGAGGGGUUGUAGGCAACGCACCCCUCCAUUAGCGCGGCAUAUAUUUCCCCCCAAACAAUUUAGCGUAUUCAGGAGGUUACGCAAAUCCGAAGCGGGCAAAAUUACCGUAAUCAAUUGCGACGAGCGGGCAUGCAUCCAUCCGCGCCUCUGAUUGAAUGGAGAUCGUCUCUAUCAGGCUGAUGCGCAAGUAACGAAGAGAGGGGCCACUAAAUUGCUGCUGAAUUUAGGGACGAGAAGUCCAUGAUCACUGGCCAAGCGAGCGCAGACGCUGAUGAUAGAACGCUUGGGACAUGAAGCAAGUGCCGCACCGACAUUAGAUCCCUGAUUCAAGUGUCCAAAUCGCUGUGGUUUUACACACGGGACACAGAAACUAGUAUUAUCACGAUUUAUUUUGGCCUUAAAAAAAAAGACGAGAAGAAGAAAAAGAGGAAGGAGAGCUACUCUGAUAAGGACAGGCGAACAUGGACGUACGCUACAGCCAGGAGCCGGAAGUGGGGAUGGUGCUGAAGAACGGACUGAAGGAAAGCAACGAGGUGAAAGACUCCCAGGGGAGCCUCUCCAAAACACUCCUGAAGGAACCACAGGACUCCUUCUCCUCAUCUGGAGCCAUGGAAAACUGUGAAAAGAGUCGCACGAGCACGGGAGAUCCAGACUACUGCCGGCGGAUUCUGGUCCGAGAUGCCAAAGGCUCGAUCAGAGAGAUCAUUCUGCCCAAAGGUCUGGAUCUGGACCGGCCGAAGAGAACCAGAACCUCGUUCACAGCCGAACAGCUCUACCGGCUCGAGAUGGAGUUCCAGCGGUGCCAGUACGUCGUGGGCCGAGAAAGAACUGAACUCGCCCGGCAGCUCAACCUGUCUGAGACUCAGGUGAAGGUGUGGUUCCAGAACCGGCGUACGAAGCAGAAGAAGGACCAGGGGAAGGACGCGGAGCUGCGCUCGGCUGCGCACUCGGAGACGGCGGCUACGUGCAGCGUCCUGCGUCUGUUGGAACAGGGCCGCUUGCUGACACCGCCCGGCCUGCUGCCACACUGCGCCAGCUCCUCGCUGGGCAUCGCUGCAAACGGAGGAUCCUCCUCCAGCAGCGGGACAAGCUCGGCUACAGCGUCCAGAAGCCCUCCGUUGCCAGCCAUGUCCGGCUCAAGCACACUAACCAGCGCCCACCAUGGGCUCUUCAGCUUCCCCGUGCCCACACUGCUGGGAGCCGUGGCGUCACGGAUCUCCUCUGCGCCGCUGGGCAUGGCCGGCUCGCUGGCCGGGAACCUGCAGGAACUGUCAGCCCGCUACCUGAGCUCCUCGGCCUUCGAGCCGUACUCGCGGACCAACGGCAAAGAGGACAAGAAAGUUUUGGAAUAAUGUCUCUUUUCUCAGCUUUUUGUUUAUGUUCAUUUUUUCCCCCCUCCCUGUGUUCUUUGUGUCAUCCGUGCUGUGGUUGUCAGUCCUCAUGUCUGUUCUUCGUGUUGUCAGAACGCACACCCCGAGGCCUCUCGGAACUGUGACAAAGCCGUAUUCGGACUCGCUCGCCUGUCAGACAGGGGGAUUUUCCAAGCUUCUUGCACUACUUUAGAGUUUCACCGCCAGGUCGAGAAUUUUUCAUGUGAAGAAGGAACAUAGCAAGAAAAAGAAAACAACAACAACAACAACAACAAAGGCAACAACUAAUUGAAAAGAAAUCCUCACCAGCACAACUUGUUUUCAUUUUGAUUUCUCCCGUCCAUUUGAUUUGAUCGUUUCACUAGCCAGACUUUAAUAAUAACAAUAAUAAUAAUAAUAAUAAUAAUAAUAUUAAUAAUAAGCUUCUAUCUGAUAGGAUGCCUAUUAUUACACAGCUGAUGAGCAGCAAUGAAAGAAACAGAAACGUACAUGUUGGCUUAAACGUCAUACUAAAACACACUUUCUGUUUUUCUCUUUGUAGAACCAUAUUUAUACGAUGGAGAUGACAUGUAGUGCCAUGUUAUUCCGCUCUCAGUGGAUUGAGUUUGCAGAUUAUGUUAAACUGAUAUUUGUUUAAUUUUACCAAAUAUCCUUUUUUUUUUUAAAAGCAAAACAAAAACAAAACAAAAAACAUUUCUUGAUUUAUUCUUUCUUUUUACCAGCACCAGCACAGCUAAACAUCCUGUGAAUAUAUCGUAUGCGUCAGCAAGUAAUGAGUUCGCAAUCCGAAACUACGACUACUACAAUCCAAUCAGACUUUUUGUAACCCCAUCGUGUUGUUUUUAACCCUGUCGAGCCGUUAAAACUCGUCUGGUCGUCCUGUGAUUUAAAAAAACAAAACAAAAAAAAAACAACGAGUUUUUGCGAGGGCUUUGUUUCCUUCCCGUGCGGUUCACCGGAGGCCGUCUCGCUCCGUGUUUCAGUGUCUUCAGUGAAUAUGCAGUCUUGCUCUUCUUGCGUGUGUGAUGGUACUGUAAUCCUGAGUUUUAUGUUUUUUUGCGUACGUGUUUUUUUCCCCAAGUUAAGUUCCCUCACAGUCGCUCUGAGGCCUUGAUGAAGUCGGAUUUUCAGAUUUUCUGGACGCUUUUGCUAAAAAAAAAAAUAAAUAAAAAGAAAAAAAAUAAAAUAAAAAAGAAAAAAGAAAAAGAA